AUGGCACAAUUAAUUCGAGAAGAAGAAAACUUCCAAUUACUUAGAUUGGAACGUUUAAACAUGUAUGAUAUUAUGUUUGGUCAAGAACGGCCUGCUUCAUCACAAUUCAUAGCUAGAUUUCGAGCAGAACAAGAAUAUGAUAGAAAACUGGUGACAAAUGAAAUGGAAAAUGAAAAACAUCGAUGCGUUGUUUUUUUAUUUGCUUGUUCGAGUGAAGCUCUAACGAAAAGAUUACGUUCUAAAACAUUUCAUGCAAUUCUACGUCAAGAAAUUGCUUAUUUUGACGAUCCAAAUAAUAAUACAGGAGCAUUAUGUACACGUUUAGCAACUGAAGCAUCUGCUGUACAAGGUGCGACUGGUAUUCGUAUUGGACUAAUGUUAAAAAAUUUCGCUUCAAUCGGUGUUGGUAUUAUACUUGCUUUUAUGUUUUCUUGGCAAUUGACAUUGCUUAUUCUUGGUUUUAUUCCAUUUUUGGUUGUUGGAAGUUUUUUAGAAAGAUAUUUAGCAACUGGCUUUGCCAGUAAAGAUAAAAAAUUAUUUGAAGAUGUUGGAAAAGUACAAAAAUCAUCUAUAAAACGAGCAUAUGUCUUUGGCUUAUCCUUUGCAUUAGCAAAUUCAGUUCUAUACUUUAUGUUGGCAGCAUUAUUUAGAUUAGGUGCUUAUUUAUUGAUUAAAAAUACAGUCUCAUUUAAAGAUAUUUUAUCAUGUCUUGGUUGUAUUUUAUUUGGUGCGCAAAGUGUUGGACACACAGUUUCAACAUCUCCGGAUUACACCAAGGCUGUUAAUGCUGCUGAAAAAAUUUUUGAAUUUUUGAAUCGAAAACCAAUUAUGGAUAAUAGUUCACGUGAUGGGGAUGAAAUACCUAAUUUUAAUGGACAGUUAGAAUUUACUGGUGUCGAUUUCAUCUAUCCAAACAGACCGGAAUCAAUCAUUUUGAGAAAUUUCAAACUCAAAAUUCAAGCUGGUCAACAAGUUGCACUCGUUGGUACAUCUGGUUCUGGAAAGUCAACAGUAAUUCAGUUAAUUGAACGUUUCUACGACGUAAAUAUUGGUCAAUUGUUAAUUGAUUCCAAAGAUAUUCGAAAUCUUAACCUACAAUGGUAUCGAUCACAAAUUGGUAUUGUUUCACAAGAACCUGUUUUAUUUGAUAUGUCAAUAAGAGAAAAUAUUGCUUACGGUAACAAUAGUCGAAAUGAUAUUCCCAUGGAAGAAAUCAUUGAAGCAGCUAAAAAUGCUAAUAUACAUGAUUUUAUUCAAAAACUUCCACAAGGAUAUGAAACAAAUUGUGGUACAAAAGGAACUCAAUUAUCGGGUGGAGAAAAACAACGAAUUGCAAUUGCUCGAGCAUUAAUUCGAAAUCCAAAGAUAUUAUUGUUUGAUGAAGCAACAAGUGCAUUGGAUAGUGAAAAUGAAAAGAUAGUUCAACAAGCAUUAGAUCAUGCUAAAAAAAAUCGAACAUCAAUUACAAUAGCACAUCGUUUAUCAACAAUUCAAAAUGCGGAUAUGAUUUGUGUUUUACAUAAUGGAGACAUAGUUGAAAGUGGAACUCAUCAAGAAUUACUUGCUCUUCAUUGUCAUUAUUAUCAAUUAGCACUUGGAAAACUUAGAUAA